UCCCAGUGAAAGCUGCACACUGCAACCUAAGUUAUUGUAUGGUAAUACACAGGACUCACCUAUAACCUGACCACACCCACAUCCCAAAUCCUAUAUAUCUCUAUGCACCUGCAACGUGAGCAGAACACGCUGGGUAUACUGCACAGGGAACUGAUAGAGGAAAUCUAUGAAACAUGGCGCUCACACCAAUGCACCUGCUGGUGACUUUUAGUGUGGCCACCCUGCUGAUAUAUGCACCGACGACAACCAAUUCACAAACCACCACUAUGCAAUGUAGAGAGAACCAAGAAUACAGGCCGUCUGUAAGUGACUGUCCAACCUGCAGCAACUACAGAACACCUCGUACAUGUCCUCCAGGCUGUGUCUGCAAGGAGGGUUUCCUACCCGAUGAUAAUGGAAACUGUGUGGAAAAGGCUGUGUGUGAGUCCUGUAAAGGGAACACAAUGUACAGCAGCUGCGCCUUCACUUGUGGUGGACGUUGCACAGAUAUUGGUCAACCGCAACCAGUCUGCCACAUACCAAGAUGCAAAGGAGGCUGUGUCUGCAAGGAAGGCUUCCUGCUCGAUGCCAUUGGAAACUGUGUGGAAAAGGCUCUGUGUGAGUCCUGUACAGGGAACACAACGUACAGCAGCUGCGCCUUCACUUGCGGUGGACGUUGCAAGGAUAUUGGUAAACCACAACCAGUCUGUCACAUACCAAGAUGCAAGGGAGACUGUGUCUGCAAGGAAGGCUUCCUGCUCGAUGCCGUUGGAAACUGUGUGGAAAAGGCUAUGUGUGAGUCCUGUACAGGGAACACAACGUACAGCAGCUGCGCCUACGCUUGUGGCCGACUCUGCGAGGACAUUGGUAAACCAAAAGAAAAGUGCUUCAUACCAAGGUGCAAGGGAGGCUGUGUCUGUAAGCAGGAGUACUGGUAUCUGAAUAACAAUUGUGUGCUUCAGAAGGAUUGCCCAUGUAAUAAAUAA